AUGUCUUCUUCUUUAACUCCUCGUGUCGAGAGCCAAUUGUACUGCACGAAUCGGCGAACGCGUGAUAUAUACGUAUACCUGCACGUUGCCGAUGAGAAGAGCGAAGAAAACGAGUCCCAUGAGACAUAUCAGAAUACCAAAGACAGUCUCGACUACAUAAGCACUUGCAGAGAGACUCUGUCCGUACGAGCUACAAUUUUUCAAACUUCUCAAACCGAACCACAAACAAUAGAAAUAUUUCUCGAUCAAAUUCGCCGAAGGAACUUCGUCGUUAAGUGCAUCGGCAAACAGCCCGAAAUCGAAAUUGUUGCCUUUUCCAUCACAUCCGUUGAAGACCUCGGUGUUGUUAUACCACCUCUCGUAUUCAGGGCCCGACGAGUCACAGUCGAGAUACCUUAUCCUGCAAGUAACGGCGCCCCUUUCAUGCCUGCAUUCGUGCUUCCAACACGAAAAGAUUCGCUCCACGGACAUCAAGGGAAGGGCGGCGGCAAGAUCGAUGGCGAAAUCGCCCUUCAAAUAUCGGACGGCGAUUUUGUAGGGGUCCUUGACAAGGUCGCCCCUUCCGAAGACUCUGGAGGUGGGCGCCACAUAGGCAGUGCGGAAUUUAAUGAUGAUGUGGAGUGCGGAGAAGAGGUCAAUGAUGGUGCGGGUGGUGACGAGGACCCCGGCCCACGCGAAGUCCAUGGUGAGGCAAUGUCGGUCGACUCGGAAGCCGAGAAGGUAGAAGAAGAGAGGGUCCACGAAAAGGGCGACGAGGGACGUGACGAAGAAAACGCGGUUCCACCGGUUGACGAGGUGGCUGCUUGGGUCGAGUAUUUGGUGCCACCACUCACGGUGACGGUCCCGGAGGAGGGACGUCGGGUGGGUGAGUGGGGUGAGGUGGAGCUUUAG